CUUCCGGCCCCCGCGGGCUUGCGGGGUGCUCUGCCCUCCCCAGCGCCUUUGUGCCGGGGUUUCUCUUCCGCUCCCCCGGCAGGGAGUGCGUGUGUAUGUGCAUCCUGCGCUGCUUCCCCCGCUGCUGCGGGCCCGUUCCUGUAGGCUGGCGGCCGCUGCCCGCCAGCGGGAGGUUCGGUAAAGUCAUCCCGCCUUUCCUCCCGGGGAAAAGGGAUCGGCGUUGGGUACUCCGGCUUUGCUGUUCUCCUAAAUGCCUGUUCGUUUUGCAGAAUGUGACACGACCGCGUUUUCUUUGUGACUCCUGCCUCUUCUAUUUGUGUUUUAAUGGCGCACAUCACCAUAAAUCAGUAUUUGCAGCAAGUGCAAGAAGCCAUUGACAGCAGAGAUGGACAGUUUUGUGCAGAAUUAGUAUCAUUUAAACAUCCACAUGUUGCGAACCCAAGGCUACAGCUUCCGUCACCAGAGGAGAAAUGUCAACAAGUCUUGGAACCACCAUAUGAUGAAAUGUUUGCAGCCCACUUAAGGUGUACUUACGCUGCUGGAAACCAUGACUUUAUAGAAGCAUACAAAUGCCAAACAGUUAUCGUACAAUCUUUUCUGCGGGCGUUUCAGGCACAUAAAGAAGAAAACUGGGCUUUACCUAUUAUGUAUGCUGUAGCCCUUGAUCUUCGAAUUUUUGCUAACAAUGCAGAUCAACAGCUAGUGAAGAAAGGGAAAGGUAAAGUUGGCGACAUGUUGGAAAAAGCAGCAGAACUGCUGAUGAGCUGUUUUCGAGUCUGUGCCAGUGACACUCGAGCAGGCAUUGAAGAUUCCAAGAAGUGGGGCAUGUUGUUUCUCGUGAAUCAGCUGUUUAAAAUCUAUUUUAAGAUCAACAAGCUCCAUUUAUGUAAGCCCUUAAUUAGAGCAAUUGACAGCUCAAAUUUGAAGGACGAAUAUAGUAUGGCACAGCGGGUUACUUACAGAUACUACGUUGGACGCAAAGCCAUGUUUGACAGUGACUUUAAGCAAGCUGAAGAGUAUCUGUCAUUUGCCUUUGAGCACUGCCACCGCUCAAGCCAGAAGAACAAAAGAAUGAUUUUGAUCUACCUGCUGCCGGUAAAAAUGUUGUUGGGCCAUAUGCCAACAGUUCAGCUCUUAAAAAAGUAUGACCUUCUGCAGUUUGCUGAAGUAAGAAAGGCUGUAAGUGAAGGCAAUCUUCUCCUAUUGAAUGAUGCUCUGACAAAGCAUGAGACCUUCUUUAUUCGAUGUGGAAUCUUUCUUAUCCUUGAAAAGCUGAAAAUCAUCACGUACAGAAAUCUCUUUAAGAAAGUAUAUUUACUACUCAAAACCCAUCAGCUAUCUCUAGAUGCCUUUCUGUGUGCCCUGAAAUUCAUGCAAGUAGAUGAUGUUGAUAUUGAUGAAGUCCAGUGCAUUUUAGCUAACCUUAUAUAUAUGGGUCACAUUAAAGGCUAUAUAUCUCAUCAGCAUCAAAAGCUUGUGGUCAGUAAGCAGAACCCAUUUCCUCCAUUGUCAGCAGUGUGUUGAGUAUUGCGUCUUACUUGUGCAAGUACUUUUCAGAUACUUGGCUUGUCCAGUAGAACUACUCCUGAUCACCCCAAGAACACUGUAAAUGACCUGGUUCAUGUCCAGGACCGGAAUACCAGGAACUUUUUGUGGCUCCUUUCCCAGAAUGACCAAGGCUGCCGGUGUUACAAAGUGCAUUGAAGUGAAAUGCUAACUUUUUAAUAAUAGUUUCUGCAGGGUUUCUGAUAAUUCAAAGUAUUUAAUGAGUAAAUAAAGCAAAGCAUUCCAAAUUCCUUCCAAACUACUUAAAAGCUUUUAUAAAGUACUUUGUGUUACUAUUUCUACAUUUAUCUUUCAGAGAGGAGAAAUAUCAUCCUUUUUUACUUAUGUUAAUCCAUUCUUUAGAGUGGAAAUUAUAUUUUCUUUCCUGGUUUGCAUUUUUAUUUUAUUUUAUUUUUUUUUUUUAAGCCUCUUCAAUAAUCUUGCUGGUAUUAAGUACUCUCUUCAAGCUUUCUCUAAACACUAGAGAUGUGCUUGACACCAAAAGCUUUACUGUGUCAGUGAUACUUAGGGGUUCAAGUAAAUGUGGGAUUUAUUUUUUUUUGUCUGUAGGUGCCCAUAGAUGGGUUUUUUGGUUGUUUUUGUUUUAAUUCUGGUAAUGUUUAGUUUUUGUUAUGAUGAACAGAAGCUUGUCUAAGUAACUUAUCCAUACUUUUGUUUAUUCUGCUUCUGGGGUCAACAUUGCCACUGGAUCCGUUAUCUGAAGUGUUACUACUUGAGGGUUUUGUUUGUCUGUUUGGAGGUGGUACAAUGUAACUUUGUCCAUAGUGAUGGGAUGGUAGCUUCGGGUCUUUUAAAUUAUUUUUAAAUGAAAUAAAACAUUUUUCCCCUUUA